GCACAGGCAGGAGACCCAGCGCCACGGGAUGGCGGUGGCUCCAGGGUGGGCACCGCGAUCCUCACCGCCGCUGCUCACGCUAUUGCUGCUGCUGCUGCUGAUGUCGCCUUGCUGGAGCAUGGUGGCUCAGGACCCUCGGGCGGCCGCGCUCAGCCUGCACCCGCCUUACUUCAACCUGGCCCAGGCGGCAAGGAUCUGGGCCACCGCUACCUGCGGAGAGCGGGGUCCGGAGGUCGCAAGGCCCCGGCCCGAGCUUUACUGCAAACUAGUGGGCGGCCCCACCGCACAGGGCAGCGGCCACACCAUCCAGGGCCAGUUCUGUGACUAUUGUAAUUCUGAGGAUUCCAGGAAGGCACAUCCAGCCACCCAUGCGAUUGAUGGAUCUGAACGUUGGUGGCAAAGUCCCCCUCUCUCUUCAGGCAUACAGUACAACGAAGUCAACCUCACCUUGGACCUGGGUCAGCUUUUCCAAGUGGCCUAUGUUUUAAUCAAAUUUGCAAACUCUCCGCGCCCUGAUCUUUGGGUCUUGGAAAGAUCUGUAGACUUUGGAAGCACCUACUCACCAUGGCAGUAUUUUGCUCACUCUAGAAGAGAUUGUUUAGAACAGUUUGGGCAAGAAGCAAGCGUGGCCGUCACCCGGGAUGACCAGGUGCUCUGUGUCACGGAGUAUUCCCGCAUUGUGCCUCUGGAAAAUGGCGAGGUGGUUGUAUCCUUGAUAAAUGGUCGUCCAGGUGCAAAAAAUUUCGCUUUCUCUGACACCCUGAGGGAGUUUACUAAAGCAACAAACAUUCGCUUGCGAUUUCUCCGAACCAAUACCCUCCUUGGGCAUCUUAUCUCCAAAGCAGAGCGAGACCCCACUGUUACCCGGCGGUACUAUUACAGCAUAAAGGACAUCAGCAUCGGCGGGCGGUGUGUUUGCAACGGCCAUGCGGAUGAGUGUACCGCUGACAACCCUGAGAAACAGUUCCGGUGUGAAUGCCAGCACCACACCUGUGGGGAGACUUGUAAUCGCUGCUGUGCGGGCUACAAUCAGAAGCGAUGGCAGCCUGCUGCUCGGGGGCAGCACAGUGAGUGUGAAGCCUGCAACUGCCACGGGCAUGCCGCAGACUGUUACUACGACCCGGAUGUGGAACAGCAGCAGGCGAGCUUGAACACCAAAGGCACCUAUGCAGGGGGAGGGGUCUGCAUCGACUGUCAGCACAACACAGCGGGCGUGAACUGUGAGAAGUGUGCCAAGGGUUACUACCGGCCCUAUGGCGUGCCCGUGGAUGCGCUCCAUGGAUGCGUCCCUUGCAGCUGUGACCCUGAACGUGCACAUGACUGUGAACAGGGGUCAGGCCGCUGUCACUGUAAACCAAAUUUCCACGGGGACAACUGUGAGAUGUGUGCAGAUGGCUACUAUGACUUUCCAUUUUGCUUGAGAAUUCCAGUCUCUCCCGUUUACACUCUGAGUCCAGAAGACCCAGUAGCUGGCAAUAUAAAAGGGUGUGACUGUCACUUGGAAGGUGUUCUUCCAGAAAUAUGUGACGACCAUGGCCAAUGCCUGUGCCGCCCUGGGGUUGAGGGCCCCCGGUGUGCCUCCUGCCGCUCAGGCUCCUAUUCGUUCCCUAUAUGCCAAGGACCCCGUGUGUACUAUGCAGACAAGAACAGAUCCUGGGGCGUCCUCUGCUUUGCCGUUGUGUCUGUCGAUGUCCAGUGUGUCGCACAUCUGGAUGACCGCCUGUCUACUCGGCCUCUCUGGCAGGUGGAACUGCACCUGCGCCUGCGCGUCCCACAGAUCGGCCACUACGUGAUCAUGCUGGAGUAUGCCACGGAGGUGGACCAGCUUUUUGUGGUGGACGUGAACCUGAAGAGCCCAGGGUCUGCCUUGGCAGGCCAGGUGAACAUAUACAGCUGCAAGCACAGCAUUCUGUGCAGGAGCGUGGUGAUUGACAGCCUGAGUCGUACGGCUGUGUACGAGCUGUUAGCAGAUGCAGACAUUGAGCUCAAGGUGCACAUGGCCAAGUUCCUUCUGUAUCAUGUUUGUAUCAUACCCGCUGAAGAAUUCUCAACUGAAUAUUUGAGACCUCAAGUCCACUGUAUUGCCAGCUAUGGGCCGCGUGCUAAUCCAAGGGCCACCUGUGUCCCCCUGGCCCAUGAAACUCCUCCGACAGCCUUAGUUUUGGAUGCUCUGCGUAGGGGCCCCCUCUCUCUCCGGCCCCAGGAGCCUUCCCCUCCUGCAGAGGUCACUGAUGGAGUUACCCUGAAGGCACCACAGAAUCAAGUGACCCUGAGAGGACUCGUACCACACCUGGGCCGACACGUCUUUGUCAUCCAUUUCUAUCAAGCAGAGCACCCGACAUUCCCCACAGAGGUGUUUGUGGAUGGAGGAGGACGGUGGUCAGGCUCCUUCCUCGCCUCCUUUUGCCCUCAUCUGCUUGGCUGCCGGGACCAAGUGCUCUCCGAUGGCCAGGUGGAGUUUGACAUCUCAGAGGCGGAGGUAGCUGUGACGGUGAAGGUUCCAGAAGGAAAGUCCUUAAAGCUGGUCCGGGUUCUAGUGGUACCCGCAGAGAAUUAUGACUACCAAAUACUUCACAAAACAUCAGUGGACAAGUCCUUUGAGUUUAUCAGCAACUGUGGAGGAGACAGUUUUUAUAUUGAUCCUCAGGCAGCCUCCGGAUUCUGUAAGGAUUCUGCGAGGUCCCUGGUAGCCUUUUACCAUAACGGUGCCCUGCCUUGUGAGUGCCACCCUGCUGGGGCUGCCAGCCGUCACUGCAGUCCUGAGGGCGGGCAGUGCCCCUGUCGGCCCAACAUCAUCGGAAGGCAGUGCACCCGCUGUGCAGCAGGUCACUAUGGAUUCCCACACUGCAAGCCUUGCAAUUGUGGCAGGCGCCUGUGUGAAGAGGUGACAGGGAAGUGUCUCUGCCCACCCCGCACAGUCAGGCCCGAGUGUGAGGUCUGCGAGAUGAAUUCCUUCAACUUCCACCCCCUGGCUGGCUGCGAAGUCUGCAACUGCUCCAGGAAGGGCACCAUGGAGGCGGCCAUCUCUGAGUGUGACAGGGACAGCGGGCAGUGCAGGUGUAAGCCAAGAAUCGCAGGGCAGCGGUGCGACAGAUGUGCUCCCGGCUUCCACCAGUUCCCUGAGUGUGUUCCCUGCAGUUGUAACAGAGAUGGGACUGAGCCCCAAGUGUGCGACCCAGGGACUGGGGCUUGCAUGUGCAAGGAGAAUGUGGAAGGCCCAGAAUGCCACGUGUGCCGCCGAGGAUCGUUCUACUUACACCCUGCCAAUCCAAAGGGUUGCACCGCGUGCUUCUGUUCUGGAGUGAAUACUGACUGUCAAAGUUCACAUAAGCGAAGAGCUAAGUUUGUAGACAUGGUGGGCUGGCGUCUGGAGACAGAGGAUGGAGUUGCUGUCCCUGUGUCCUUCAACCCAGGCAGCAACAGCGUGGUUGCAGAUCUGCAGGAGCUGCCGUCAUCAGUCCACAGUGCAUCCUGGGUAUCACCUCCAUCCUAUCUAGGUGACAAGGUUUCCUCCUAUGGCGGCUACCUCACCUACCAAGCCAAGUCCUUCGGCUUACCUGGCGACAUGGUUCUUCUGGAAAAGCAGCCAGAUGUGCAGCUCACUGGUCAGCACAUGUCCAUCAUCCAUAAGGAAUCCAGUGACCCACGGCCAGACAGGCUGCAUCAUGGGAGAGUGCAAAUGGUUGAGGGAAACUUCAGACACGAGGACAACGGUGCCCCAGUGUCCCGGGAAGAGCUGAUGACCGUGCUGUCCCAACUGGAAGGGCUGUACAUCCGGGGCCUCCACUUCACUGAGACACAGCGGCUCACCCUGGGCGAGGUAGGGCUGGAGGAGGUCUCCGACACGGGAAGCGGACCCAGAGCUCAUCUUGUGGAGAUGUGUGCCUGUCCCCCUGACUACACAGGUGACUCAUGUCAGGCUUGUCGCCCUGGAUACUAUCGGGACAACAAAAACCUACCCGCGGGAAGGUGUGUUCCCUGCAAUUGCAACGGACAUUCAAACCGCUGCCAGGACGGCUCAGGAGUGUGCAUUAACUGUCAGCACAGCACAGCUGGGGAGCACUGUGAGCUCUGCAAGGAAGGUUACUAUGGAAACGCCAUCCAUGGAUCCUGUAGGGUCUGUCCCUGCCCUCACACCAACAGUUUUGCUACUGGCUGUACUGUGGACGGAGGAAACGUGAGGUGUGCCUGCAAACCCGGAUACACAGGAGCACAGUGUGAGAGGUGUGCACCAGGGUAUUUUGGGAAUCCCCAGAAGUUUGGAGGUAGCUGCCAACCCUGCACCUGUAACAGCAAUGGCCAGUUAGGCACUUGCGACCCCCUGACUGGAGACUGUGUAAGCCAAGAACCCAAAGACGGCAGCCCUGCAGAAGAAUGCGAUGACUGUGACAGCUGUGUGAUGACACUCUUGAAUGACUUGGCCACCAUGGGUGAGGAACUCCGCCUAGUGAAGUCAAAGCUGCAGAGCCUGAGUGUGAGCGCUGGUGUUCUAGAACAGAUCCGGCACGUGGAGACGCAAGCCAAGGACCUGAGGAGCCAGCUGCUGGGCCUCCGGUCCACCAUCUCAAGCCACGGGUCCAAACUGGACGGCCUGGAAAAAGAACUGGGCCAUUUGAACCGUGAAUUCGAAACUGUCCAGGAAAAGGCACAAGUCAAUUCCAGAAAAGCACAAACAUUAUAUAACAACAUUGACCGGACAACCCAAAGCGCCAAAGAAUUAGACACGAAGAUUAAAAACAUCAUCCAGAACGUGCACAUUCUCCUGAAGCAGAUCGCUAGGCCAGGUGGAGAAGGAACGGACAUGCAGGUGGGCGACUGGUCCAGGGAGCUGGCAGAAGCCCAGCGCAUGAUGCGGGAGCUUCGAGGCCGAGACUUCAGAAAGCACCUCAGAGAAGCAGAGGCCGAGAAAACAGAAGCCCAGCGCCUGCUGAACCGACUCAGGACCUGGCUGGAAACCCACCAGGUGGAGAACAAUGGACUGCUAAGGAAUAUUCGCGAUUCGUUAAAUGAUUAUGAAGCCAAACUGCAGGACCUGCGUGCUGUUCUCCAGGAGGCAGCUGCCCAGGCAAAGCAGGCCACUGGCCUCAACGGUGAAAAUGAGGGGGUUCUAGGAGCCAUCCAGAGACAAAUGAAAGAAAUGAAUUCCCUGAAGAAUGACUUCACCAAGUACCUGGCCACGGCAGACUCUUCCCUGCUCCUGACCAACAAUCUCCUGCAGCAGAUGGACAAAAGCCAGAAGGAAUAUGAAAGCUUAGCUGUGGCUUUGAAUGGAGCAAGACAGGAGCUAAGCAGCAAAGUGCAAGAGCUCUCCAGAUCUGCCAGCAAAACAUCCCUGGUAGUGGAGGCUGAGAAGCAUGCGCAGUCUUUACAGGAGCUGGCGAAGCAGCUGGAAGAGAUAAAGAGAAAUACCAGCGGGGAUGAGCUGGUACGCUGUGCUGUGGAUGCUGCCACCGCCUACGAGAACAUCCUCAAUGCCAUCAGAGCAGCGGAGGAUGCAGCCAGCAAGGCCACCAGCGCCUCGGAGUCUGCCCUCCAAACACUGAUAAAGGAAGAUCUUCCAAGAAGAGCUAAGACCCUGAGUUCCGACAGCGAUGAGCUGUUAAACGAGGCCAAGAUAACGCAGAAGAAGCUACAGCAAGAAGUCGGCCCAGCUCUCCACAGCCUGCAGCAAACCCUGAACACCGUGUCAGUUCAGAAGGGCCUGCUAGAUGCCAACCUCACUGCCGUCCGUGAUGGUCUUCAUGGGUUACAGAGAGGUGAUGUCGACAGUAUGAUCAGCGGUGCGAAGAACAUGGUCAGGAAGGCCAAUGGUAUAACAAGCGAGCUUCUGGACGGGCUCAACCCCAUCCAGACAGAUUUGGGAAGAAUUAAGGACAGCUACGGGAGCACACGGAGUGAGGACUUCAACAAGGCUCUGACCGAUGCCAAUAACUCAGUAAAGAAAUUAACCAAGAAGUUGCCUGAUCUUUUCAUCAAGAUUGAAAGUAUCAACCAGCAAUUGCUGCCCCUGGGGAACAUCUCUGACAAUGUGGACCGAAUCCGAGAACUCAUUCAGCAGGCCCGGGAUGCUGCCAAUAAGGUUGCAGUCCCCAUGAGGUUCAACGGGAAAUCCGGCGUCGAGGUCCGGCUGCCAAAUGACCUGGAAGACUUAAAGGGAUACACGUCUCUGUCUCUGUUUCUCCAAAGACCUGACCUUCGGGAGAACGGGGGCACCGAGGAUAUGUUCGUGAUGUACCUCGGGAAUAAGGAUGCCUCCAAGGACUACAUCGGCAUGGCGGUUGUAGAUGGGCAGCUGACAUGUGUCUACAAUCUGGGGGGUCGGGAAGCUGAAGUCCAGGUAGACCAGGUGCUGACUGAGAGUGAGAACCAGGAGGCAGUUAUGGACCGAGUGAAGUUCCAGAGAAUAUAUCAGCUUGCAAAACUUAAUUACACCAAAGAAGCCACAUCCAAUAAACCCAAAGCUCCUGAGGUCUAUGACUUGGAGGGCGACAGCAGCAACACCCUCCUGAAUUUGGAUCCAGAAACUGCUGUGUUUUACGUCGGAGGUUACCCACCCAAUUUUCAACUGCCUAGCAGACUGAGGUUCCCUCCAUACAAAGGCUGUAUCGAACUGGAUGACCUCAAUGAAAACGUUCUGAGCCUGUACAACUUCAAGACAACUUUCAAUCUCAACACAACUGAAGUGGAGCCUUGUAGGAGGCGGAAGGAAGAGUCGGACAGAAACUACUUUGAGGGUACAGGCUACGCCCGCAUUCCCACGCAAGCCAGCGCCCCCUUCCCAAACUUCAUCCAGACUAUCCAGACCACCGUGGACAGAGGUUUGCUGUUCUUUGCCGAAAACCAGGAUAACUUCAUAUCCCUGGACAUAGAAGACGGCAAUCUCAUGGUGAGAUACAAGCUGAAUUCGGAGCUGCCCAAAGAGAAAGGAUUCCAAGACACCAUCAACAAUGGGCGAGAUCACACGAUUUCGAUUACAAUCGGAAACUCAAGAAAACUCAUGUGGGUGUAUAUGCAUGACCAUAAUAUAAAAAUUGAAGGGGAUAUAUUUGAUUUCGGCACAUAUUAUCUGGGAGGAAUUCCAAUUGCAAUCAGAGAAAGGUUUAACAUCUCCACGCCUGCUUUCCAAGGCUGCAUGAAGAAUCUGAAGAAAACCAGCGGUGUCGUCAGGUUGAAUGACACCGUGGGAGUCACCAAGAAGUGCUCUGAAGACUGGAAGCUCGUGCGAACUGCCUCAUUCUCCAGAGGAGGACAGAUGAGCUUUACCAACUUGGAUGUGCCCCUGCCCGACCGCUUCCAGCUCUCUUUUGGGUUUCAGACCUUUCAGCCCAGCGGUACACUAUUGAAUCAUCAGACACGGACAAGUAGCCUGCAGGUCACCCUAGAAGAUGGUCACAUUGAGCUGAGCACCAGGGACAGCAGCAACCCCAUCUUCAAGUCUUCACAGACCUACAGGGACGGCUUACUGCAUCACGUGUCUGUAAUCAGCGACACCUCAGGCCUCCGACUCCUCAUUGAUGACCAGGUUCAGGGAAGGAACCAAAGGCUCCCUGGCUUCUCGAAUCUCCAGCAGUCCCUCCGUCUGGGAGGCGGUUAUUUCGAGGGCUGUAUCAGCAACGUUUUUGUCCAAAGGUUGUCACAGAGUCCCCAAGUCCUGGAUUUGGCCAGUAAAUCUACCAAGAGGGAUGCCUCCUUGGGAGGCUGCAGUUUGAACAAGCCGCCUUUUCUUCUGCUGUUCAAAGGCCCCAAGAGGUUUAACAAGGCCAGGAUCUUCGAUGUCAACCAGCUGUUACAGGACGCACCUCAGGCCUCCCCAAGGAGCAUGGAGGCAUGGCAAGAUGGGAAGGCCUGCCUGCCCCCUCUUAACGCCCAGGCCAGCCACAGAGCCCUCCGGUUUGGGGACAGUCCCACCAGCCACUUGCUAUUCAAGCUUCCUCAGGAGCUGCUGAAACCCAGGUCACAGUUUUCUGUGGACAUACAGACAACCUCCUCCAAAGGGCUGGUGUUCUACACAGGCCCCAAGAACUCCUUCAUGGCUCUCUAUCUCUCAGAAGGGCACGUCAUCUUCGCUUUGGGAGCAGAAGGGAAGAGACUGCGGCUCAGGAGCAAGAAGAAAUACCAUGACGGGAAGUGGCACACGGUGGCGUUUGGACAAAGUGGAGGGAAGGCACGCUUGCUUGUGGAUGGGCUAAGGGCCCAGGAAGGCAGCUUGCCUGGAAAUUCUACCAUCAGCCCCAGGGCACAGGUUUACCUGGGCUUGUCACCAUCAAGGAAGUUGAAGAGCCUCCCCCAACACAGCUUUGUAGGGUGCCUGAGGAACUUCCGGUUGAACUCAAAACUCCUGGACUCUCCCUCAGCAAGUUUUGGGGUAUCUCCUUGCUCAGGUGGCUCUUUGGAGAAAGGCAUUUAUUUCUCCCAAGGAGGAGGCCACGUGGCCCUGGCCAAUUCUGUGUCCUUGGGGCCAGAGUUUCAGCUCCUUUUCAGCAUUCGCCCGAGGAGUCUCACUGGGACCUUAAUACACAUCGGAAGUCAAUCUGGACCACACUUAAGUGUUUACAUGGAGGCAGGAAAGGUCACAGCCUCUAUGAACAGUGGGACAGGUGGGACCUUGACAUCAAUCUCACCAAAGCAGUCUCUGUGUGAUGGACAAUGGCACUUAGUAACAGUCUCUGUCAAACAGCACAUCCUGCACCUGGAACUGGACACAGACAGUAGCCACACUGCCGGACAGCUGUCCUUCCCCCCCAACAACACCCAAGGGUCACUGCACGUCGGAGGCGUCCCAGACAAACUGAAAAUGCUUACUCUCCCUGUGUGGAACUCAUUUUUUGGCUGUCUGAAGAAUAUUCAAGUCAACCACACCCCUGUCCCCAUCACUGAGGCUGCGGAAGUUCACGGAUCCGUCAGCCUGAAUGGUUGCCCUGACCACUAACCCUACACAGCAAGAAAAUUCACCUUUGAAGGCACCAAGAACCCAGCGGAUCUCCCUCCCCAUAAAGUCAAGACACCAUAGCACACAUUUAAAAACCAAUCUCAUGUUUAAUUUCAAGUACACAGACCCAUCAUUUUGCCGUUCAGUGCUACACAUGUAUUUUAUAUAAAAGCCCAUUUCUUGAAGAAAAUGAACAAAUUGUUAUUCAAACAUUCACACAAUGCUUUUGUUAAUAUUUUUUCCACUAAGAAUUAAAUGCCUUUUAGAGAACAUUUUUUCCAGUUGCUAAAAAGAAAAUUUUGUUUAGAGCACUUUAUGAAUAUAAAACUUUAAAAUGUUAAAUUGCUACAGUUCAUGGGAUUAAAUAAAUGCAAUGCACUCUUCAAAUGAUGUUUUACAAGCAAGGAAAACCAAGGGCUGAUGAUCACUGCUAAUUAUAUUAACUCCUCAGCACCUGCUCAAAGUGUUAUCUGCAACACAAUUUCCUACAGAUAAUUAUUGAGCACAUGCUAAGAGGUUAUCUGUGUGCUCAGUGUGUGAACUACACUGACGUUUAAUAAGUCAGUGUGUGAACUACACUGACAUUUGGUAAGUCAGUCCAGCCCUUAAGGAGCACGCACUUCAAUUGAGAGACAUACAAUACCAUACUAUAGGAACCAGCAUAUUGAACCACUGAAACCAUUAAUUAAUGAGGCUCACUGGCUUCCCAAUCCUUGCCUUCCCCAAUCUGCUACCAAAUCUAAAUUAUGAUUAUUGAUUUGUUGAGAACACAAGCCAUCUGGUAGAGGUGCUAAGAUGAACAUAUGCGCUAUAACUGAAGCUUUGUGUAUCUUUGUGCACGUAUGUGGAGGCCAGAGCCCAACACUUUCCUCAAUCCCUUUCCUCCUCAUUUUUUGAGACAAGGUCUUUUGCUGAACCCAGAGCUCAACAUUUUGACUGGGCUUGAAUACCCAGCAAGUCUCUCCAGGAUCCUUCCAUCUCGCCCACAGUGCUAGGGUUACAGACAUGUGCCUAGCUUUUAGCCAGCUGCUGGGGAUCCGAACUCAGAUCCUCAUGCGUAUCUACCAAGCUGUCUAGACCACUUGAUGACUGAAGCUUUUAUGGCAAGUCACCAGGACCCAACUAGGAGAAAUCACUUUUAGAUUUAUCUACAAAAUAAUUCAUGACACAAUAGACAAGCAUUACUACCCACUUGUGCUAACAAAGACUAUGCAAGUAUUUUUGUAUCUUUUACUCUUAGAUAGGGGAAAAAGGGAAUAUUGCGUAUAGUAAGAAAAUGGGGUUUAAUAAGAAAAUUGGGUAUAGUAAUCCUCUAUGGUAUCCUUAGAGCUCUGUGUUCUCCACUUCUGAGUUGCUAGUUCUUCCAUGGUCUUUGCAACACAGUCCUCUGAGCAUGCUUUCCACCAGCUCCAGCUGUACACAUCUGGAGUGUUCUGCAGAGGCAGCCGAUUCCUUACCCCAGCAGGUGCUCAUGAGAGCUGACUGGUAAUCUUUAGGGAUGCUGCUUGACUGCAAGUCAGGUGCUUCAAAAUACAUUGAUUUUAAGAUUUAAAAAAAAAAAAAAAAACAGUGGUGGUCUUGGCAUCUGCUGGAAGCUCCUCCAUGCUUCCAGCCAUCAGCAGGUCUUCACAAUAUGAAUGAUCGCUCUCAGUUCUCACUGUUACACAGACUGGAUCUGCAAGGUCAUGACUCAGUAGAACUUCAUACUUGUAAGUAGUAUGUAAAUUCAUAACGGGACAGCUACUUCUUUUUAAAUAUUUCCCUAGUUUUAUGUAUAUCUGUGUUUUUUCCUGUAUGUAUGUCUGUGCACCGUGUAUACACAGUGCCUCCUGAUGCCAGAAAAAUGUGUCAGGUCCCUUGGAACUGGAGUUAUAUUACAGAUGGCUGUGAGCUACCAUGUGGGCACUGGGAAUCAAACCCAUGUCCUCUGGAAGAGCAACAAGUGCUCUUAAUAACUGAACCAGCUCUCCAGCCCUGACAGUUCUGUGUUGACUAAUCUCAGUGAUUCCUUUCUCCAUUCUGUAAUAACAACAUGGAGAACAACCACCCAUCUGGGUUUGCUGAAUAAAUCCCAGCUGCCAAUAUUCAGCAGAGAGUCCCAGGUGAAUUCAGCCAUGGGAACGUCAGUGUGGCCAUCCUCCAGUUAGAAAUGUAUGUUCGCUGAAAUGAAUGUUUCUGUGUCUUCAGUGAAGCCAGCAUGGGAGCUAUCUGUCAACUAUAAAGCACAAAACAGGGACAUCAGGUCAACUCUGACUGCGUCAGCACAAGGCCACCACUGGUUCCUGCUAGCGUCCACCAAAGGUCCAUAUGUUUGGUCCUCCAGGUCAGGCAUUGGGGGGUGCUGUGAACUUUUAGGAAGUGGAGCUGAGAGAUCCUUAGGUCAUUGGGAGAUAUGCUUAGAAAGGGAUCCUGGGACUCUACCCAUCCUCUCUCUGCUUCUUGCCUCAAGAUGUGGCCGCCUGUUCCACCUGGCACAGCCUCCUGCUACUGCAAUGCCCAUGUCUCAAGACCCCCAAACAAGACCACCGCAGAACCGAUAUUCCAUGCAAGCACAAAGAGGUUUAUUAAUAGCAAAGCAAGCCCGGGCUUGGUCCGUGUCCAACAUCUGACACCGUGGUGGAUAAGGACGGCCCUGAGCUCUUAGAGUGAGGGGUUUUCAAAGGGAAAAACCACAAACAAGCCUUUGA